AAGCGAUACGUCCCGCAGUGUGCUUAGCCUACAUUAUAUAAUUUGUAUAAGAACCGCAUAUCUCGACAGCAAAUGAAGGCCCUUUUCUCAGACUCGGGGUUUAUUGUGUGUGUUUGUAGUGUUGUUUGCCAGUUCCAUAUUACCAUACACAGUUGCUAGUGAUACGACCACGGAUUCAUCAUGAGUGCAUCAGUACAAGUGCCAGGUGAUUGGUUGCAAGAUGCGACACCUCUGGAGAAGUUAUUUGACGAGCUAAAGUCUGCGCAAACAAUCCCCAAGGAGGUUCCAACCAGUGAGCCCGUUGGCGGUGUUGACAUACGCUGUGGGCCAAUUUUGAGAUUGCUCGGUACCCACGAGAAUGGCACGUCGAACUACAGAGCGUCCAUCCUCAUAGUGUCCAAGGACGAAUCGUCCACCACUGAGCCCAAGAUAACUUUUAUUCAAGGACCAACUAUCCCACAGGGGACGUCCAAUGAGUUCCUACAAGGUGAAUUCCCGCGUGUUACAAUCCAUAAGGAGGCCGGUUACACGUUUUGGAGGUUCUCUGUCGAGCUAGAGCUCAAGGAAUUCGAGCAAAAGGUUCGCUAUACCAUUCUUGAUACCGUGUCGUAUGAGUUCUUCCUGCCAAGUGAUGAACAACCGAUGAACGUUAUUUCACACUCCUGCAACGGGUUCUCUUUGGCCACUGAGACGAAGGACUUUAAGGGUUCGCUGUGGUUUGAUGUGACUAGAACUCAUUACAAGGAAAACCGUUAUCAUGUUAUGCUUGGUGGUGGUGACCAAGUUUACUGCGAUGCGAUAAAGAUUUCAUCAGAUGAAUUCGAAAAGUGGCUUGGCGAGAAGAAUGUAAUCAAGAAGCACAAUCAACAGCUUACUGAUAAGAUGGCUAGCUCCUUUGAAGACUUUUACUUGAAUCAAUAUCUCUCAUGGUUUGGAAAGGGAUUCUGGGUAGGUAAGAACGGUUCAACAUUACAACCUCUUUUCCCCUUUGCAAUGGCUUCAAUCCCUUCCAUGAACAUUUAUGAUGAUCAUGAUAUCAUUGAUGGUUAUGGCUCGUAUCAUAACGGUACUAUGUCCACUAAAGUGUUCAAGGGGCUUGGUAGAAUUGCCUUCAAGUACUACAUGCUUUUCCAACACCAGACCUCUGUUGAAGAUGAUCCAACCUUUCAAAAUGAACCAAGUUGGAUCUUGGGUAAGACACCAGGCCCAUAUAUGGAACAGAGAUCCCACUCAGUCUUUGCAAAGCUUGGUAAAGGUAUUGGGUUUCUAGGCUUGGAUUGUAGAACUGAGAGAACCCUAAAGAGAAUUGUCACACGGGAAACUCUGGACAUCGUUUUCCAUCGUUUGGAGAAGGAGGUGAAGAACGACCCUUCUAUAAAGCACAUCUUGGUUCUUUUGGGUGUUCCUAUUGCUUAUCCAAGAUUGGUUUGGCUUGAAUGGCUGCUAAGUUCGAGAAUUCUCUCUCCAUUCAGAAAGCUGUCUGAAAAGGGAGUGAUAGCCAAAGGGCUUGUGAACGAAUUCGAUGGCUCAGUAGAAGUCCUGGAUGAUUUGAACGACCAUUGGUGCUCAGGGGACCAUAAAAAGGAACGUAACGAAGUUGUUGCCAAGUUACAAAAAUUUGGUGCUUCUAAUGGUAUUAGAAUCACCAUUCUCUCUGGUGAUGUCCACCUUGCGGCCCUUGGAAGAUUCAGAACCAAACUCCAUCAUCAUUGGAUUGGUCAGGAGAAGUAUGAAGAAGGGAACUCUAAGGUGAUGAACGAACCUGAGAAGGAUCCUCGUUUGAUGUUCAACAUCAUUUCAUCUGCUAUUUGCAAUGCCCCACCUCCCGAUGCAAUGGCUUCACUUCUGAACAAACGUUCUAAAGUCCAUCACUUCUCCCGUAUGACAGAUGAGGAUAUGGUGCCAAUCUUCACGAAGGAUGUUGAUGGGGAGAAUCGUUCAAAUGAGCAGUUCUUAAACAAGAGAAACUGGGCUGACUUGAUUCACAUAAAGAACUUCAAUCCAACUGGGGACAAAGCUGGCUAUGAAAUUGGCACUUCAAAGAUACCAUCUCAAGACACCGGACUUCCAAAAGGAUUCGAGCCUAGAGAGGGGAAAGAUCUAGCUUAUAAGAUCACAAGGGAUUCACUGAUUGCCCGUAUUCAUGUUGAGAAGAACCAUGGCGAUAUUCAAAGUGAAACUGCCAACUAUGAGGUUGUUAUUCCAGAACUUGAGGGAACAUAUCAAUUGAAACAGGAGAACAUCAAGCAUAUCAACAUUUGAUCCAACUCCACUGUACUAUGAUUACUUUACUGUUUUCUCAACCAACUUAUCAAUAAUAUGUGUAACUCCUAUGUAUUUGCUAUCAUAUUUAUUCAGAAUCUCUAAUGCUUAAUCACCA